UUGCACCAUGUAAAAUUGAUAAUAUGGGAGUAUUUGAUCCUUCAAAAUACACUACCCAUGACAUGAAUUGCAUUACACUUUGUGAACAUUAUACGGUAAAGAGAGAAAAAAACAAAACCAUUAGGGAGCUUUUUUUGGCAGAACCAGGUUCUGCUGCAUCUGUUUCCUCGAGAGCGUGCGCGUGGGCGUCUCAGUGCGUGCUCCCGUCGGUCUCCGCUCGGGGUUCUGGUCGUGCGUGAGGAUCCAGCUCUCCGAGGGUUCUGUUCCGACCGGACCGGUGCGGGAGCGCGCCUGCCUGCCCUGGAGCGUGCUCGUGCUCGUGUCCCCGGUGCUGAAGCUGCUGAAGAGAACCAGAGACCCAGAGAACCGGCCCAGCUGGUACCGAGACCAUAGAGCUGGUGGAGGAUCCUGGCCGGUGCUGCCCCCCCCCCCCACCCAGAUCAACAGGAUCCUCACAAGCUCCACCUGCAGCAGAGAACUGACGCAAAACCCCAGACACCUGCCCCCCCUCCCCCACCCCCACUCCCACCCCGCCCCCAGCGACUCGCCCCCGCCGGCCAUGGUGUCCGGCACGGAGACCGUGCACUACAUCCACCUGCACAACUCCAGCCAGUCCGUGCUGGAGGCCCUGCGCACGCAGCGGCGCGAGGGCCUCUUCUGCGAUGUGACGGUGCGGAUCCACGACGCGUCGCUGCGCGCCCACGCCUGCGUCCUGGCCGCCGGCAGCCCCUUCUUCCAGGACAAGCUGCUGCUGGGCCACUCGGAGAUCUCGGUGCCCCCGCUGGUGCCGGCCGAGACGGUGAAGCAGCUGGUGGAUUUCAUGUACAGCGGCUCCCUGGUGGUGCUGCAGUCGCAGGCCCUCUGCAUCCUCACCGCCGCCAGCAUCCUCCAGAUCAAGACCGUCAUCGACGAGUGCACGCAGAUCAUCUCUCAGAGGAAGGCUGCGGCCAGUGCAGCCAGUGCAGCUGCAGCAGCAGCCGCCGCUGCAGCAGCAGCUGCUGCAGGAGGAGCCAUGCUUGGGGGAGUUCUCCCCAAACAAGAGGAGCGUGGCAUGGGCAAAGGGAGGGAGAGCGGCAGCAGUGGGAGUUGCUCCGUCAGUAGCGCCGGCGGGGGUGGAGGUUAUGCAAACUUCUCUAACUUCAUGGCUGAAUGCGGGGCCAGCAACAUGGGCGGGGGGAUGGGGGGUGCCGGCGUCAGCGAGAGCGGCCCGGGGGCCAUGGAUCAGAGCAACGGCGUGAGCCUGAUGGCGCUGGGCGACAUGGGCCCCGGCUCCAUGUGCGGCGGGGACGGGAUGGGGGCCGGAGCCGGAGCCAUCCACAUGAAGCAGAGCUCCAGCUGCACUCAGGACGUACGGUACAAGCUCCGGGACCUGCUGGCCCAGACGGCCAACGGAGCCCCCGCCAGCAGCACAGGGAACCUCUCCACCGGCUGCAGCUCCGGCGUGGGCAGCGUGGACAGCAUCGGCAGGGACAGCCUCCGCGGCAACGCAACCGACCUCUCGGACGACCUGGUGGGCAUCGACCGCUACAGCGAGGAGGAGGACCUGGAUGGGAGGGAACGGGGAAGAGACGGAGACAGAGACAGGGGGGCGAGCCACAGCCGCAAGCAGAGGCAGCCGCUAAGACUCCAGGUACUGGGAGGAGAGGGGGUGGUGGUGAAAGAUGAAGGGGUACAGGAUGCAGAUGGCACUGUUUAUUCCUUGGAGGAUGGGAGAAGAGACCAAGAGCAGGAGAGCACCCAGGAGUCCAUGGCGAGCUUCGGGCAGGACUUCUAUGAUGAGCAGGCAGUGUUUUCUGAAAGCUUCUGGCCACAGAGCGAGCCCCCUCAGGCCAUGGCCUUCAACCCCAGGGGGAGGGUGAACAAGCCGCUGACUCCCCCUCCGACCACACAGGCCAUCAACAACCAGCUCCUGUUCCAGUACCCAGUGAGCCAGUCGCAGCCAGCUCCGUUUUACGUGGGAGGGCCCAUGGGGGGGAUGGACAGUAUGGCAGUAAGUGAGCCCAGCCAGCAGGCUCCCCCCCAAGCACCAAUGACCCCCGCCCCGCCUCCCCCGGCCUCCUCCUGCCCCGCAGGGCCCUCUCCUUCCUCCCAGGGAUCCGAGACCUCCUUUGACUGUACGCACUGUGGCAAAUCCUUACGCUCCAGGAAGAACUACAGCAAGCACAUGUUCAUUCACUCUGGCCAGAAACCUCACCAGUGCUCCAUCUGCUGGCGCUCCUUCUCCCUGCGGGACUACCUCCUCAAGCACAUGGUGGUGCACACCGGCGUCAGGGCCUUCCAGUGCACCAUGUGCGGCAAGCGCUUCACCCAGAAGAGCUCGCUCAACGUGCACAUGCGCACCCACCGUGCCGAGCGCACCUUCCAGUGCAACGUGUGCCACCGGGCCUUCACCCACCGCACUUUGCUGGAGCGCCACGCCCUGCAGCACGCCCACCACGCCCCCCACCCCCCGGGCCCGGGCCAGGGCCAGGGGCGCGGAGCCGACAUGACCUCACCCAGCAAGCACAGUCCCCCGGCCAUGGGGGGGCCCUCAGGUAUGGCUGGCACCGCCAGCAUGGUGGGCAACAUGGCUAACAUGCCCAGCCAUGGAGCUUCCUCCACCUAACCAUGUAAGGGAAGAGCAGGGGCCACGGGGGGAGGCUACGAGCCCCGGGGAGGAGGCUACGAGCCCCGCCCUUUAACCAACACUUACCUGGCCCCUAACAGCCUUGGUUAUCUUUUAUUUUGAAGUGGGAAGAAUGUUAGCAGGCUUCGGUCUUUUUGUUUUAGCUUGACACCAACUUUAGUCAGGGUUCCUGCACAGGGCCUGAAGGCCUUUUACGUUUCUACAAAUGAAUUUUACAAACUUCCUUGGAAGUCUUUUUGGCUGAAAAAAAAACAAAGAAAGAGAGUUCCCUUUUCCAGAAACGUAUGUCAGUAGUUGUAUCCCUGCUUUAGUUCCCUGUAUCGUAACAUUUGCUGCUGGGACAACUGCCGGGGUUAAGCACGCGUAGCGAUGAACAGCCAUCUUUAAACGCGUGGAAAUGCUUUCGAUGUAAAACGGUGUAGGAACCCUGUUGAAGAAAGACCAGCGCGUCACCAAAGAGGAGAGGAGAGCAGAGCAGGGUUGGGAGCGGUGGAGGAGGAGGCUUCUUCUUUUAUUUUUAAGUAUGGGUGAGGGUGGGGUCGGUAGAUGCCUGGGGUUACAGGAUGGUGCAAGUAAGGGAAUUAAAGCAUAUAAGUUUGGUCACAGGGUUCUGUUCACCUUCAUUUCAUUUAAUUCAUGGGAAGUCAAAUUAUUUGGAGUCAAAGGUUCAUAUUCAUGAAGCGAACCUCAUGUAUUUGGUAACUUAUCUUUAGAUAAACUUUAAUUUUAUCCUUCCAGUUUCACUUUUUGGUUCAUCGUAGAAUCCUAAAGUCUUGUGUCAGAAUAAGAGAAACUAGCGUUAUCAAGCCAUGGCAGCUAGUCCUGUUAAUCACAUGAAAGGGCUGUUACAGUGUGAACACAUCACAAUCAUGUUCUCCCCAGUACGUCUGAAGGUUUAUCACAAGCUGAUAGUAAAUUGUUCAUUGCGGACAAUUGGUUGAGUUGAGAUAGUUUACGUAGAUCCAGUUUGUGUAGAUAUGCAGGUCAUAUUACGGUACCACAACUACUUACCUCCAGCUGCCUGGCUCCCGCUGGGUCCACAUUCCACUUUGCUGCUCAUUUUAAAGCAUUUUUGGCGCUGAUGACGCAAUCCCACAUCCCUCCGCAUCGGGCCGUCGCCUCGGCUAAAGGAGCAUCAUCAUCAUCAUCACACAAUCUGCACAUACUGUUCUCAGUCUGACCCGAGAUUCAGCUGCUCCCAGUCGUAGAGGGAGCAGUAAUCGUACAUGACGGCAGAAACCGUGCGGCAUGUCGGUGGAGGAGGAAUGCUGUUUACGUUUUUGCAGCCAUCUUGGUAGUCUUGACUAGUUGCUCUUGGAAACCCUCGUAUCAGUCACGGCACAAAGCCUGUCUCCAGCCUUUUGCAAUUGGUUUGGUACGUUUUGUACCAGUGGAAUCGGCUGUGAAUGGGAAGGGUACCAGACCAAUUUCUUAAGACCGACUAAACACAGGUGGCACAGUCAGAUUAUUUGACAAGAAACAAAUGUACAAUUAAGCAUUCUUUUGAGUUUUAAAUUAAUUAUUUAGAUACUUGGGUUGAAAAAAAUCAAUAAAGGACUCCCCUGAAGUGAUUGGAUUGAAAGUGAAUAGAAUCCAGUUCUGUUGAGGAGCAGAGUGACACAAAAGGUUUAUGGUUUCAUAAGCUAAUGAGAGAGGAAGAUAGAACAGAGUUAGACUAUUAUAAAGCAGGGAGGGUGGGGGUGGGGGUGGGGGUGGGACGGGUGGGGGUGGGGGUGGGGGUCGGGGUUGUGCACAGCGAAGUGAAUGAAAUUCACCAUCAUCUCUCGGAAUACUUUGUAACAUUUCCCACAGGCGCCACCAGUCGGCCCAGGAUCAUAUACCUCGAACCGAGACGAGCCCCCGCGGCUCAGAGGGACACUAUUUUCUCAUUUGAACUGUUUGGAAAAUAUUUCAGCAUGUUUUACACAACACACACACCAACAAUUACCUCGGUGGUCCAAAGACAGGCAUUAUGCUUCACAUCUUUUAACCUACAUCAAACGAAGAAACAGUGAAAAUUAAAGCAGAGACGGAUCCAUUUACCUUUUCUUUUUGUUUUCUAUAAAAGGCUUGCUCAAGUUCUUCUAUGUAAAAUUCCUGUUUAUCACUAUAACGCUCAGUUUGCUAUUUGUUGCUCAUGUGAUUCUUUAAUGCAGAAAUAAUGCAGAAAAUGAAAAAAAAUAAAAUAAAAAAAUGAAAUGAAAGAGCCAUUCAGAGGAAGUCAAUGUGGACGACUAACCAGGACAAAUCAGUGACUAUUGUCAGGAUUCUUAUUGAGUGUUUGGCUGUGUUUGUUUUUAUGGGCUUAAUAGUAAAUGGGAAGUGUUUGUUGCUUAAAAAAAUAAUAGUAAUAAAAGUUUUUUGUCACAGCACUAUGAAAAAAAAAAAAAAAACUUCUUUUUUUUUUAUGUUUUAGUGAAACUAAAUGAAUCAAGUAAAUGUACAAUCACCCCGGAAGUUUCAACAAAGCUAACCUUGUGAUAAUGACAGUUAUCACAUUAAUAUUUAUUACAAUUUGAUCUCUAUGCACAAUUACGUUUGCACAUUAUUUAGACCUAGUCAUAGUUGUCCCCUAAAUUAUUUGGCCUGCGGUUGUUCAUAUUUUCUUUUCUUUUUAAAAAAAAACACCUUAAAGGUGAUUUUUUAUUUUUUUUUUUCUGUUUAGUUUUUCUGUUUAGUUUUUUUUUUAAGAGCAAAUAUGUCCCGCUCUUUUCCCAUUUUUCUCUGUGUUUGCAUUAUAUGAUACUCAGUAAAUUACUUAAGCUUUGUAAGAGCCUUCUAAUUGCCAGAUUUCCAUGUGGAUCUCUUUAACAAAUGACCCAUUUUGAGAAUGAGAACUGCGAGUUGAUAAAAAAAAUAAUAAUAAAAAAAAAAAGAUUUUAAUCAAGAUAUUCAUUUUAAAGAGUGAAUCCAACCAAGAUGUGGAUUGAGUUUAUCUCUGCUUGGACUUCACUUUAAAUGUUGACAUGAAAUGUCCCACUUCAAUGUGGAAAAUACUGCUUAUUUCCAGUCCUGGCAGCGCGGGGUCAUUGGCUCCUGAUCAUUGCAAAGUCAAUUGCAGAUUCAGCAGUUUGUUUCUCCAGCGUUGUGGAUUGAAAAGAAAAAUAGAUUCAAAAGAGAAGUUUUAAGAGGAGCCGGACUGAAACGUUUAAAACUCGCUGUCGGUUAUAAGCUAUAUAUAAAUCUUAAGGCCAAAUCUUUGGUGCUUUUUGUUGUUUCCUCUAUUUUUUUUUAUUUUUUUUUUAAAGAAACAUUUACCUCAUUUGCCGGUUGCCAGGGCUCGCUGCGGUCAGGGUUUGGUAAAUAAGCAGUGUUGAGCUGUUUCAGAGAUUUGAUCUAUCCUCAGCAGUGGGUGUGGUUCUGUUGCAUUUGUCUGAGGUGGACCCGUGUACAGUACUGUAAUAUGUGUGCUUUAAGCCAUGUCUGCGCAUCGUAACGUACUGUGUUAUGCCUUUUAUUUCUGGUUUUGUUUGUUUGUUCUAUUUUUUUUUUGAGAGGGAUGAUAAUUGUUUUUCUACAUUAAUAUUUCUUCAACAGAGGCUAAAUAUGUCAGAAGUAAAAAUCAUUUUAUAAAAAAAAAUUAAUAAUUUGUCAUCAUAAAGCUACAUCUUUUAUGUAUUGAAAAAAAAACCCUAAAGGCAUGAUUUUAACUUUUUCUGAGAACUUAGAUGUUGUACUCUAUGAAUUAAUUGAAUUUGAGAAAUGAGUGAUUUCAAAGAUUUCUUUCUCCAAAUAAAAGCUCUUCUGUGGCUCCAG